CAAUUUUGACAAGACUGUCAGAAGUGACAAUUUCAUAAUAAAUUUCAAUUAAAUUCCAGUACAAAAGAAUACAUUUACUCAUUCAAAAUGGCUGAAGAAGGCGAAGCAGAUCCGAAUACAACCCCAGCUAAUCCUUUUCAACCUGGGCAGGCAUCAACACCAGUAAACAGUUCUUUCAAUCCUGCUUAUGCUUCGACUCCUAAGAAGAACAUCCGUUUCAUGGAUGAAAGUAUAUCGAAGAUUCACGUAUAUCCAAGCUUGCCUGCAACACCCUACUCUAAGAAGAAUAUCCAGAACUACGCAACAGCCCUUCCAGUUAUUCCAGAUGAGGCUGCACCCUUCAGUCCAAUCCUGUACACAUUUAGGAUACCAGACAGAUGGCCCAAAAUGUUAUCUCAUCUGAAAGUUAAGAGCCCCCCGUUUUACUUGCAGCUGGAUCACGCCAUUGCUGUUGUGUGGUGUAUGUUUUGUCCAACUGCCAAGAAAACUUUAGGUAUCGCUCAGAUCCACUGGGCUCUAAGCUUCCUCAACUCUUUGAAUAACAGGAAGCACGAACGUCCAAAGGACGUCAUGUUGUGCAUCGACGCAAUGGAAGACUACUUGAUCGAACUUUACGCAGACCUCAGCAAUAAGCUGGAUCCUCUAAAGAACAUGGAGAAGUCACAGCGAGAAGAAGAAGAAGCGCCGGUAGCCACAGAACUCCCCUUUUCCAUGAACUACAGCGAGAUGUUGCCCAUAGUGCAACACGUGACUGAAUCAGAGCUGUCAGGAGGACCACUGUCUAACUUUGAUGACGUCUUCAGAAGAGAAAUGGAAGGUUUGAAGGAGGUUGCUGGUUCAGAAUCUGUAGAGUUGAUGACGUCGAAAUCGAGAGAAGCUGCCAUAGAUUAUCUGAACGAUACGAGAAGCAGGCAUCUGAGGAACGUUUCCAAGGAGAUAGAGAGGAUUAGGUCUCUGGAUAAUCUGCUCCAUGUCAUAAAUCCGAAUGAUGAGGAUGCUGAUAGAACGAAUAGUUUGUUGAUGGCUCUUUUGAGACAAGAUGAGUCUUCAGAUGUCAACACCGCUAAUUUUACCAAUGCGAAUGAGUCUUCCGAUGUAGAAAAUUCUGAUGACAUUGGAAAAAAUGCAGAAUGAACGUUGAGGUGACCUAUGCUAACUUCGUAUAUGAUCGUAUGUAAUACAAUUCUAUCGAUUAAAAUGGAAUAAAUGUUUGAUUUGA